UGAAUCAUUUUCUUCUAAACAAAGAGACCAGUGGGUAAACUGUGCUUCUAGAUUUCUUGCUUCAGAUUUCCCAAAAGGCAAGAUGAGUAAGACAGAGAUAAGUGUGUGUCAACAAACUUGUGCCUUAUCAUGCAAGAACUUCCUUAAAAAAUGGAGAAUGAGAAGAGAGUCCUUAAUGGAAUGGUUGAACUCAUUGGUCCUACUACUUUUUUUGUACCUAUAUCCUCAUAGUCAUCAAGUUAAUGAUUUUUCUUCAUUGCCUGCCAUGGACCUGGGGCGGGUAGAUUCAUUUAAUGAAUCUGUAUUUUCUAUUGCAUAUACACCUGUCACCAAUACAACCCAACAGAUAAUGAAUAAAGUCUCCUCCAUCUCCUUUAUGACAGGUAGACACAUCUUCGGACUUUCAGAUGAAGAAAGUAUGAAAGAAGUAGCAGCAAAUUAUCCUGGGGAAAUAGUGAGAGUCGUCUUUACUGAUACAUACUCAUAUCAUUUGAAGUUCUUGCUGGGACGUAGAAUCCCAACAAAACAGGAACAUAGGGACCAUACAGCUCAUUGUAAUGAAAUAAAUGAAGAUAUUGACUGUGAAGUUUCAGUAUUCUGGAAGGAAGGUUUUGUGGCUCUUCAAGCUGCCAUUAACGCUGCUAUUAUAGAAGUGACAACAAAUCAUUCAGUGAUGGAGGAAUUGAUGUCAGUUACUGGAAAAAAUAUGAAGAUACAUUCCUUCAUUGGUCAAGCAGGGAUUAUAACUGACCUUUUCGUUUUCAUCUGCAUUAUUUCCUUUUCCCCGUUCACCUACUAUGCAUCUAUUAAUGUUGCAAGAGAGAGGAAAAGGAUGAAGGGCUGGAUGACAAUGAUGGGUCUUCGAGAUUCAGCAUUCUGGCUUUCCUGGGGUUUGCUCUAUGCUGGUUUCAUCUCCAUUAUGGCCUUUUUCUUGGCACUUGUUCUAAAAUCAAUCCAGUUCGUCAUUCUGACUGGCUUCAUGGUGGUCUUCACCCUCUUUCUCCUCUAUGGAUUGUCUUUGAUAGCUUUGGCUUUCUUAAUGAGCGUCUUGGUAAAAAAAUCUUUCCUCACCGGCCUGGCCGUGUUCCUUCUCACUGUCUUUUUUGGGAGUCUGGGAUUCACAGCAUUGUACAGAUAUCUUCCUGAGUCCGUGGAGUGGAUUUUAAGUUUUUUUAGCCCCUUUGCCUUCAUGCUUGGGAUGGCCCAGCUUUUACACUUGGACUAUGAUUUGAAUUCUAAUGCAUUUCCUGAUCCAUCGGGCGGCUCAAAUCUAAUUAUAGCGACAAAUUUCAUGUUGGCAUUUGAUACUCUACUCUAUCUGGCACUGAUGAUUUACUUUGAAAAAGUUUUGUCAAAUGAAUACGGACAUCGAUAUCCACCCUUGUUUUUCCUGAAGUCCUCAUUUUGGUCACAACAGCAAAAGGUUGAACGUGUAGCCCUUGAAGAUGCGAUAGAUUCUGAUCCUUCUUCAUCUAAUGACUCUUUUGAACCAGUGUCUCCAGAAUUCCGUGGGAAAGAAGCCAUCAGAAUCAGAAAUGUUACAAAAGAAUUUAAAGGAAAGCCUGAUAAAAUAGAAGCUUUAAAAGAUCUAGUAUUUGACAUAUAUGAAGGUCAAAUCACUGCAAUACUUGGUCACAGUGGAGCUGGAAAAUCAACACUGUUAAACAUUCUUAGUGGGUUAUCUGUCCCUACCAAAGGUUCAGUCUCCAUCUAUAAUAAUAAACUUUCAGAAAUGUCUAACCUAGAAAAUAUUAGCAAGCUCACUGGAGUUUGUCCACAAUCCAAUGUGCAAUUUGACUUCCUCACCGUGAGAGAAAACCUCAGGCUCUUCGCUAAAAUAAAAGGGAUUCAGUCACAAGAAGUGGAAAAAGAGAUACAAAGAGUUUUACUGGAGUUAGAAAUGAAAAACAUUCAGGAUGUUAUUGCUCAAAACUUAAGCGGUGGACAGAAAAGAAAACUGACUUUUGGGAUUGCCAUUUUAGGAGAUCCUCAGAUUUUCCUUUUGGAUGAACCAACUGCUGGGCUGGACCCCUUUUCAAGACACCGAGUAUGGAACCUCCUGAAAGAACGUAAAACAGACCGUGUGAUCCUCUUCAGCACUCAGUUCAUGGACGAGGCUGACAUCCUGGCUGAUAGGAAAGUGUUCCUCUCCAAAGGGAAGCUGAAGUGUGCAGGCUCUUCUUUGUUUCUAAAGAAGAAAUGGGGGAUUGGAUAUCACUUAAGUUUGCAGUUAAGUGAAAUAUGUGUCCAGGAAAAGAUAACAUCACUUGUUAAACAGCACAUCCCCGAUGCCAAAUUAACAACAGAAAGUGAAGGAAAACUUGUUUAUACGUUACCCUUAGAAAGAACGAAUAAAUUUCCAGAACUUUACAAAGAUCUUGACAGCUGUCCUGGCCUGGGAAUUGAGAACUACGGUGUUUCCAUGACAACUUUAAGUGAAGUAUUCCUGAAACUAGAAGGAAAAUCAGCAAUUGAUGAAUCAGAUAUUGCCAUUUUGGGAGAAGUACAAGUGGAAAGAGCUGGGGACACAGAAAGACUUGUUGAGAUGGAACAAGUUCUUUCUUCACUUAACGAGAUGAGAAGUACAAUAGGUGGCAUGGCUCUAUGGAGACAGCAAAUCUGUGCAAUUGCGAGGGUUCGCUUAUUAAAGUUAAAGCAUGAAAGAAAAGCUCUUUUAUCAUUGCUAUUGAUUAUGGUAAUUGGAUUGACCCCUCUUCUUUUGGAGUUUACCAUGGUGAAAAUACAUCAAAACAGUUACACUUGGGAACUUUCUCCUCAUUUGUACUUCCUUGCUCCUGGGCAACAACCACGUGACCCUCUCACUCAGUUAUUGAUCAUCAAUAAAACAGGCACAAGCAUUGAUGACUUUAUACAUUCUGUGGAACACCAGAACAUAGCUUUGGAAGUGGAUGCAUUUGGAACUAAAAAUGGCAUAGAUGACCCAUCUUAUAAUGGAGCCAUUAUCGUGUCUGGUAAUAAAAAGAAUUACAGUUUUUCUUUAGCAUGCAAUACCAAGAGACUGAAUUGUUUUCCAGUUCUUAUGGAUAUUGUUAGUAAUGGACUACUUGGAAUGGUUAAACCUUCAGCGCAUAUCCAAACUGACAGAAGCACAUUUUGGGAGGACACACCAAUUAAUCCAUUUAAUUUCCUGGGAUAUACCAUGUUCUGGCUGAUGUUGGCAUCCAGUUGUUCACCUUAUAUUGGCAUGAGCAGCAUUGAUGAUUGUAAGAACAAAGCUCGGUCCCAGCUACGGAUUUCGGGGCUCUACCCUUCUGCUUACUGGCUUGGGCAGGCACUGGUGGACGUUCCCCUGUACUUCUUGAUUCUCCUUUUCAUGUAUUUAGUGGACUACCUUUUAAACCUCCAAGAUACUAUAUUUAUGUUUAUAAAUCAGAUUAUUCAAAUCCCCUGUGCUAUCGGUUAUGCGACAUCCCUUAUCUUCUUGACAUAUGUGAUUUCAUUCAUUUUUCAUAAGGGGAGAAAAAAUAGUGGCAUUUGGUCAUUUUGCUUCUAUGUUAUCACCCUAUUCUCUCUGGCUGGGUUCAUACUGGAUGUCUAUGAAAGUGGUGCACUGUAUUUCAUCCCCUUCUUGAUACCACCUGGAACAUUGAUUGGCUGUUUGUUCUUAUCUUUUAGUCUUUUCAUGUUUAAUAUCUUUAGUGAAGAACCGAAGGGUGUGGAGCCAUUUCUGGUAUUCCUAAUUCCUUUUCUUCAAUUUAUCAUUUUACUUUUUAUUCUUCGAUGUCUGGAAUGGAAGUUUGGAAAGAAAUUGAUGAGAAAGGAUCCCUUCUUUAGAAUAUCUCCAAGAAGCAGUGAUGUGCGUCAAAAUCCAGAAGAACCAGGAGAAGAAGACGAAGAUGUUCAGAUGGAAAGAAUCAGAACAGCAGAUGCCUUGAAUUCCACAGAUUUUGAUGAGAAGCCAGUCAUUAUCGCCAGCUGUCUACGCAAGGAAUAUGCAGGGAAGAGGAAACACUGUUUUUCCAAGAGGAAGAAUAAAAUAGCCACAAGAAAUGUCUCUUUCUGUGUUAGAAAAGGUGAGGUUUUAGGACUAUUGGGACACAAUGGAGCUGGUAAAAGUACAUCCAUUAAGGUGAUUACUGGAGAUACAAAACCAACUGCUGGACAGGUGCUACUGAAAGGGAGCAGCGGAGGGGACAGCCUGGGGUUCCUGGGGUACUGUCCUCAGGAGAACGCGCUGUGGCCCAACCUGACAGUGAGGGAACACCUGGAGGUCUACGCUGCAGUGAAAGGGCUGAAGAAAGCAGACGCCAAGGUCGCCAUCACACGGUUAGUGGAUGUGCUCAAGCUGCAGGACCAGCUGAAGUCUCCUGUGAAGACACUGUCAGAGGGAGUAAAGAGAAAGCUGUGCUUCGUGCUGAGCAUCCUGGGGAGCCCGUCGGUGGUUCUUCUGGAUGAGCCGUCGACAGGGAUGGACCCCGAGGGGCAGCAGCAGAUGUGGCAGGCAAUCCGGGCCACCUUUAGAAACACAGAGAGGGGAGCCCUCCUGACCACCCACUACAUGGCCGAGGCUGAGGCUGUGUGUGACCGAGUGGCCAUCAUGGUGUCUGGAAGGCUGAGAUGUAUUGGUUCCAUCCAACACCUGAAAAGCAAAUUUGGCAAAGAUUACCUGCUGGAGAUGAAAGUGAAGACUCUCACCCAAGUGGAGCCCCUUCAUGCAGAGAUUCUGAGACUUUUCCCCCAGGCUGCUCGGCAGGAAAGGUACUCUUCUCUGAUGGUUUAUAAGUUGCCAGUGGAAGAUGUGCAACCUUUAGCCCAAGCUUUCUUCAAAUUAGAGAAGGUUAAACAGAGCUUCGACCUGGAGGAGUACAGCCUCUCACAGUCCACUCUGGAGCAGGUUUUCCUGGAGCUCUCCAAGGAGCAGGAGCUAGAUGAUUUCGAUGAAGAACUUGAUCCUUUGGUGAAAUGGAAGCUCCUCCCACCGGAAGAGCCUUAAAACCCCAAAUACUCUGCAUUCCCCUUUAAAUCUGUGGCUAUUUUUUUAAGACAUUUAUUUUUAUAGCAUCCACAUCACAUUUUUAGAAACCGUAUUGUAAACACUGAGAUGGUUCUUUGUGUGGUGCAAAGGAGGAGCAAGUGCAGGUAAACGCAGCAACAGUUGUGGACAGUCCUGCCUUUCACAGCUUCUGCAUCCCUGCAGGCCACCCUGGCUCCAUUGUUCUGUAUAAUGCUGAAUAAAAAAGAAGACACUUUUAUAAGAUUAAGUUUCUGAGUAGGAUAAACAAAUUUUGUUUAAUUUUUUUUAAUCAAAGCUU